UGAUAUUUAGCUGAAGAUGCUCCUCAGAGUGGAUGACGGUGCGCUCCUCUCCGGGUGGAUUUUUCCGGACCAUUCGAGUGUUUGCGCGUGAAGUUGGACGGAAGACCAAGCGCAGCGAUGAGAGGGAAAUACUUUCUCCUCGCCUUCUUGCUGCUCAAACUUAUGGCUCUGGUGUGCAAGGCGGACGGGGAGCCAGGACUGCUGGGGGGCUUCGUAAUGAUCGCCACCUCCAACGGCUCCCGGGAGGAGGAGAGCGUGUCCGAGGAGACGCCGCACACCGAGGACAAAUGUCGGGGUUACUACGACGUGAUGGGCCAGUGGGACCCGCCGUUCAUCUGCAAAACGGGCAACUAUCUGUACUGCUGCGGCACCUGUGGCUUCCGGUUCUGCUGCUCCUUCAAGCAGUCGCGGCUGGACCAGAGCGUGUGCAAGAACUACGACACCCCGGUGUGGAUGAAGACCGGACAGACCCCGUACAAGAAGAUGAACAAGAUGCACGACAGCACGAGGGACAAGACCAACUUGAUCGUCUACAUCAUCUGUGGAGUUGUGGCCAUCAUGGCCUUGGUGGGGAUUUUCACCAAACUGGGCUUGGAGAAAGCACACCGACCCCAGAGAGAGAACAUGUACAGGGCGGUCGCCAGCGUGCUGCAGGGUGGGUGUCCAGGUGAGCAGUACCGGGGUGAGGAGGCCCUAGGGAUGCAUUCGCAGCACUUUGUUUCCAGGACUGCAAACCUCCGCUUCAGUAUGGCCUGGCUCGCUCAGCAACUUGCCCUGAGGGAGUCAGGACACAUUGGCUGCCUCCCCUUUGCUCACCCUCCCAUCUUCACACACGCAUUUGGACGCACACAAACAGUAAAACGCACAAACUUGUGGACAUCCUGCCAGGCACUGGCCCAUGGAAACAGGGACAUGUGGCUGGCCUUUGCGUCAUGA